UUGCAGUAUGGUACUGGAGACGCUGCUGGCUACUUCGGAAACGAUACGGUACGACUGGGUGCCCCUGGAACGAAGCAGCUUGUGGUACCCGGGACCGUAUUCGGUCAGGCAUCAAAGAUUGCCGACUUCUUCGCGGGGGAUCCGAUAAGUGGUAUUCUCGGUAUGGGCUUCAAACAACUUGCUGUCGAAGGUGUAAAUCCACCAUUUCAACGGGCCGUCGAUCUCGGCCUGGUGGACAAGCCGAUCUUCACCGUAUUCCUGGAGCACAAAGGAGAACAAACUAAUGUUCCUGGAGGAGUGUACACUUAUGGUGGCAUCGAUUCAACUAAUUGUGGGCCAGUAAUCGAUUAUCAGCCAUUGAUUUCCGCCAAUUACUGGCAGUUCAAGAUGUCUGGUUUCGUUAGUGGAAAACUGACGUCAAGCAAAGGAUGGCGAGUGAUCUCCGAUACAGGCACGUCAUUGAUCGCUGCACCUCGUGCAUUCGCUGAACAAAUCGCCAAAGUGAACGGUGCAGAGUACGAUCCAGUCAAUGAUGUGUUCCGCAUUGAUUGCGGGAGUAAACCCGUCCUGGAGCUUCUCAUUGGUAACAAGAAAUAUGCUAUACAGCCCGAGAACCUGGUGGUACCCGCAGGCAAGGGCCGAUGUCUUCUGGCCGUGUUUGGCAUGCCAAGUCAAGGUUUUGGACCUGAGUGGAUUCUUGGUGAUCCAUUCAUUCGCCAAUUCUGCAACAUCUACGACGUCGGACAGAAACGCAUCGGUUUCGCUAAAUCAAUUCCGAAAUAA